AUGCAUCUUACCUAUUUGGAAGGACACUAUCAUUGGCGAUUGACUAAAUUAAUGAUACCUGGCAUUUUACCAUUAUUAUAUCUAUAUGAAAAUCAUUACUCAACAUAUCCUAAUGAACUUUGGAUGAUUUUUCCCAAAGAUUUGCGUAACUUAAAUGAUAUUUUGGAACAAUAUCCAUCUUCGAUUGAUUUUAAACAAGCACUCAAAAUUCUAAUUCACACAGCAGAAACACUCAAUGCUUAUCAUCAUUAUGAUCUUGCUCAUGGCAAUCUAAAAUCAUCUUAUAUAUUGAUUGAUGAUAAUAAAGACACAAGUUUUCUCGCUGAUUGGGGUCCCAUAUUGAGCAAUGAUAUUUCGAUCAUCGAAGAUUGUCAUCGUGCUACAGAACAACGUGUCAAUAAAGAUAUUCAAGAUUUCGGUCAUAUUGGUCUUCAAAUAACAGAAGCUAUCAAAGAAAAAACAAAUUCUAUUCGAGAUUUUAAACAGCUUAUGAAAAAAUGUACAGACAUUUCUUAUCAUUCGCGAAUGAGUGCUCAUGAUUUAUGUAGUGCUCUUAAUUCUAUUUAUAAUUCUAUCUAA